GGCAGGGCUCCAUGCUACGAUGCUGGACGACUUGGUGCCCACGCUAGCGACCAACAAGACUACGGUUCCAGGCCACGACCACACCUUCUACGUCACUUUCUUCGAUGAACAUAACAACAAAUAUAUCAACCAAAGCCAAAAUGGCACUGAGGCCUACCAGUCGUUCAUCCUGCCAUGGUGGCGCCAAGUGCUAUGGACGGUGCUGUUCGCCGGCAUGGUCGUGGUGGCCACCGUGGGGAACCUCGUCGUCAUCUGGAUAGUACUCGCCAACAAACGGAUGAGAAGCGUCACCAAUUACUUUUUAGUGAACCUGUCGGUAGCAGACGCUAUGGUAUCAACCUUAAACGUGACCUUCAAUUUCACAUAUAUGCUGAACUCUGAUUGGCCGUUUGGACACUUCUAUUGCAAGUUCUGCCAGUUCAUCGCUGUGCUCAGCAUAUCGGCGUCAGUGUUCACGUUACUGGCUAUCAGUAUGGACAGAUACGUGGCCAUCAUGAGUCCCCUUCAACCGAGACUUGGCAAGCGAGCAACUUUAGGCAUCACAGCCGCUAUCUGGGUGUGGAGCUCAAUCCUCAGCGCCCCUAACCUGAUCUACUUCACCACAGAAAUGGACUACCUACCUGACGGAUCAAUAAGGCGGGUGUGUUUCUCUGAAUGGCCCGACGGUAUGACUACGCAGUCUCAGCUCGAAUACUGGUACAACGUGGCGUUCAUGGUGCUCACGUACUUCUUACCCAUCAUGUCGAUGACGUACACUUACUCCAGGGUGGGCAUCGAGCUAUGGGGCUCCCAGUCCAUCGGGGAAUGCACACAAAGACAACUGGAUAACGUCAAAAGUAAACGGAGGGUUGUGAAAAUGAUGAUCGUAGUCGUGGUGAUAUUCGCCGUCUGCUGGCUGCCGUUCCACGUCUACUUUCUGGUGACGUCAUACUACCCAGACGUGGUCAACUAUCCUCACAUCCAAGAAAUAUACCUGGGCAUCUACUGGCUCGCCAUGAGUAACUCCAUGUACAAUCCCAUCAUUUACUGCUGGAUGAACUCCAAGUUUAGAAGAGGAUUCAAGCAAUUCUUCUGGUGUUGCGGCGCAUUUGGUGGAGUCGGGUUGGACAGGCGCAGGGGAUUCGGGACAGAGCGGCUCGACAGAUCGGUGCGAUCCUUAUCUCCUAGCAGGAAGAAUGGUACCAGCACUAUCCGAAUUUCGAUGCAUAGCACUUACAACCAGACGCUGGUGAGCACAGCCUGACAGCGGCGCGGCGCGGGCGGC